CGUAAUUGUUUGAAGUUGUCGAGGUUCAGGGUAUUUCUCGUGAUAUUUUCAGGGAGGAAAGACGAAGGCAACAAGGUAAACAAAUAGUUUUGGGGUUACUCUUUAUUAUCUGACGUUUUGAAUGAUUCAAUAACGGACUGCUAUGGUAUAACAAAUUAUUAUGGAGGAGAAACUCGAGAACAUCAAUCCCAAAUUAUAUGGAAAGAUUGAGGAGAGAGUGGUGACUGUUGAUGAUGAGAACGAAGAGGUUGUUGAUGACUUUGAUGCCAGGGAAAUAUUUGAUUUGAUUAAGAAUAUUAAUGAUCCGGAGCAUCCACUGACUUUGGAGGAACUGCAUGUUGUUGAGGAGAGGCUCAUUGAGGUGGAUAAUCAGAAAAAUCUGGUAGAUGUGAAAUUUACACCCACGAUUCCCCACUGCAGCAUGGUGACCUUGAUUGGUCUAUCUAUAAGAGUCCAACUGCUCAGGGCCCUUCCAUCGCGAUUCAAAGUCAAUGUCGAGGUUAACCCGGGAACCCACAGUUCAGAGGCAGCAGUCAACAAACAAUUAGCCGAUAAAGAGCGAGUAGCUGCAGCACUGGAGAAUAAACACCUCGUGAGUGUGAUAAAUCAGUGCGUGAGUGUGAAGAAUUAAUUAAGAAACACCUGUUAAAACAUUUAUUGUUGUUUGAGGGAAAAUACAUUGAUACGAGUGAAUUCUUUUAUUUUCAA